GGUGGUGAUGUGCACCGAUAGUGGGGGCGGAUCUCAGAGGAAAGCAAACCUUGACAUACCAACAGGAGACAAUUCGCGCAGCGGACGCCUGUAAAACGCCGUGUAUUCCGUGAAGAAGCUGGACCGGCCACUAGGGUCGCGGCAAUUAGCCAUGACGGGAUGGGGACCCGAGUGCUGCUCCACGCCUGCGGAGCCGUUCUGGAGAGUGUGCUGAGCUCCUCAGCAAUAUAUAAGGGCCUCGUUCAAUGGCAUGUCUCCCCAGUCCUUGAGACAGAUCAACUACAUCACUACAUCCUCCUACCGCCUCUACUCACACAAUCUAAACUCUGCAUACGAAUCCAUACUCACUUCAUCUGUUACUCAGGACACCGUGAAGUGCGCUAACGUCGAAGCCAACGGCGGCACCUGCUCCUGGCCGACAUGCGGCUGCGCUGAGCCCCCCAAGAGCAAGUGAUUGUCAGGAAGCCUAGUACCGCUGCUGAGCCUUUGACAGGCAAGCAGCGA